GCAAGAUGGCGACCACAAUGCAGAAUGGAUUUGAAUGAUUUUAACUAAAUGGGUCCGUUUUGAUAGGAAUUUGGAUCUGCUGGUUAAUUGUUCAUCAUCAUUAUCAUCAUAUCACAGAAUCAAGAUGGCCCUAAAUGUCUUUGAUCAUGAUGAAUACAGGCCACCAGUAUGGAAGUCUUACUUGUACCAGCUCCAGCAGGAGGCACCUCACCCACGCAGACUGACCUGCACCUGCGAAGUGGACAACCGACCUAAAUACUAUGGAAGAGAGUUCCAUGGGAUGAUCUCAAGAGAAGAGGCCGACCAGUUGCUGAGUCAGGCCGAAGGCAGCUACCUCAUCAGAGAGAGUCAGAGACAGCCGGGCACGUACACACUGGCUCUAAGGUUUGGGAACCAGACGAGAAACUUCCGUCUCUACCAUGACGGGAAGCACUUUGUUGGAGAGAAGAGGUUCGAGUCCAUCCACGACCUGGUCACAGACGGCCUCAUCACACUCUAUAUUGAGACAAAGGCAGCGGAGUACAUCGCUAAGAUGACCAUAAACCCCAUCUACGAACACGUGGGCUACACCACCCUGAACCAGGAGCCCACCCUGAAAAAACACCUGCCUCAAAGUCCAGAGGCCCCGGAUGGACCUGCUCCAGCCAAAGAUGACCGUAACGCUGAGGAGAGGCUUACAUCGCUGGUGCGGCGGGCCACCCUGAGGGAGAGCGACUUGGCGCCCAAGUAUGAGAAGGUCCACAACUUCAAGGUUCAUACAUUCAGAGGCCCCCACUGGUGUGAGUACUGUGCCAACUUCAUGUGGGGUCUCAUCGCUCAGGGAGUCAAGUGUGCAGACUGUGGGUUGAACGUCCACAAGCAGUGCUCCAAAGUCGUGCCCAACGACUGCCAGCCGGACCUGCGGCACGUCAAGAAGGUGUACAGCUGCGACUUGACCACGCUGGUCAAAGCCCACAACACCAAGAGGCCCAUGGUGGUUGACAUGUGCAUACAGGAAAUCGAGGCUAGAGGUCUCCAGUCAGAGGGUUUGUACAGAAUAUCAGGCUUCAGUGAGUUGAUUGAAGAUGUCAAGCUGGCCUUUGACAGAGAUGGAGAGAAGGCGGACAUUUCCUCUAAUGCCUACGAGGACCUCAACAUCAUCACCGGAGCCCUCAAACUCUACUUCAGAGAGCUGCCUAUUCCCCUCAUCACGUAUGACGCCUACCCACGCUUCAUAGAAACAGCAAAGAUAGCAGACCCAGAAAAACGUCUGGAGGCUCUCCACGAGGCGCUGAAGCUGCUGCCGCCAGCUCACUGCGAGACACUGCGAUACCUCAUGGCUCACCUCAAGAGAGUGACGGACUACGAAAAGGAGAACCUCAUGUCCAGCGAGAACUUGGGUAUAGUCUUCGGCCCGACACUGAUGAGGGCCCCCGGGCUAGACGCCAUGACAGCGCUCAACGACAUUCGAUACCAGAGACUCGUGGUGGAAACUCUCAUUACCAACGAAGACGUGUUGUUCUGAGAGGAAGGGAGGGGAGAACGAUUCUUUCAACUUGGAGAAGAAAGACAUACAGAUCGGGAAGUCCUCCUGUGAAAAGAAAACUUUUAAGAAGAACAUGAAGAAACAUGCAAGACAUCUGGAACUUGUGUCUUGAUAGAAACGACAUCGAGGAGUGGAAGGAGGGAUCAACGAAGGAAGCAACUAUUUGCAAACAGUGGAGAAGAAGUCAAAGGAAGGAUGCAGUGUUUCCCUACAUUUUUAAACUCAAUCACACACCUGAGGCUUCCACAGAAGAUCCAAAUGUGUUGAUUUAGGACAAUAUUCCAGCCUUGUUAGAAAUAAACAAUUAGGAUCUUUUUUGAUGAGCUGGAAGAAAAGAGAAUAUGUUCUCUAUCAUGGCGAGAAGAUAGCAACAGCAUUGGAACAACACUACUUUGUCUAUGUAAGGGAAACACUGAGUGAUCCAUGUAUAUGUUUAAAUUGUUCUUAAAUGGAUGCCUUGACAUUUUUGAGUUUUCCUCACCAGACACCAGAAAUCAGCUAGCUAAAAAACCUUGGGUCGUUAACAUUCACCACAAAAACCAAAUGAGCCACACACUUCUAAACAAGUGUCAAAGUUCGGUCUAAAAGGCAAUAACGCUCCAUGUUUUCCUCAAACUCUGGUGGUAAGAGAUCCGUUUGUUUGCUUUGUUUUCCAUUGUGUCAAGAUAUCCCUUUAAGAAGCAUUGACUCCAUACCUGUAGACAGCUGGAUGAAUGAAUGAAUGAAUGGAAAAAGGGAACUGCUCACCCAUAAUGCGCACUCAUUCCUCUGAAUGGAACUUAAGUGACUUGGACCUAAUGUGUUUUCAUUCCUCUUUAAAAACUCUUUACUUUACAGCUCCCUCUUCUUUUCCAUCGACUGAAAUGUAAUUACAAAGUCAUUUUACACUAAGUAGUUUUUUAGUUGUUAACAUAGAAAUGCAGACUUACCCUUUUUUUGUGUCAAAUUAUAAGCCUCUGUUUAAGAGUUGUUGCUGGAUAAUUAUGUUACAACUGAUGGAGCUGUACACUAAAUGGUUUAUCUUUUUUUCUCACUGUCCCUGAAGCAAUCCUGUGUUUGCUCUCUUCGCCUCUAAAGUGAAAAAUAACGCUAUUUUGCAUUUAAAUGAAAGCUUUGGGAACAUUUCUGCAGCAAGCACACAUAAUUUUUCUCAAUAUUUAGACUUUCUAGUUCUCCAUCAGGCCUUUAAAGGGUAAUUACAAUAUUUUUCAACCUGGACUCUAUUAUCCUUUGUUUUUGUGUCUAAGUGAGAAAUGCGAGCAACGUUUUUUAACUGGUCCAGUACUGAGGGAGAGCACUGCAGGCAGCAGUGACGAAACAGGCUGCAAUGUAAUCACUUGGGGCAUUUGUACACCGUCACUUUACAUCCACUACAAAUGCUCGUUUUUGCCACUGACAGGCUCAAAUUGUUGUUAGGUAUCUGACAACAUAAUAGAAAGCAUCCCCACAUAGACUAGAUAGACCUUUUUGUUUAAUCACUAACAGUUUCAAAAAAAACAUUGCCAAACCCACCAAACUCCAUUUAAAUAACAGUCAUUUUAGCAUGUAGAGAGCCAGCAUGUUUUCACAUCUAACUGGGUGAAUUAAGUGUUUAUCUCAACCAAGCCUAAGGUGGGGAUUGUUGGAACAGCGGAAAAAUGAACCAAGAUGGUUUUCAUGAGUUUUAUUUUGUUUAUGUCAACUUUAGAUUAAGUGUGUUAUACAAUGUUAAAAUUACUGUUUAUUUCAGUGGAGUCUGGUGGGUUUGGUGACGGUGAUUUCAGGGCUGUUUCUAGUUGAACAAAAAGGAUCUUUUUCUUUAACAUAAAGAUCUAUUUGUGUAGGGAUCCUUUCCAUAGUGCUGUGAGAUACUUACGAUAAUAAUCUGAGUCUGUCAGUGACAAAAACAAGCUCUUUCAGUGGACGUAAAUUGACGGUGCACAGUUGCUCAUUUGUAUUAUGUUGCACUCGGUUCCUCUGCUGCAGCGUUAUAAAUAGCUCAAUACUGGACCAAUUAAAAAAAUUAUUGUUCCCAUUAGUCACUUAGACAUAAAAACAUGAGAAAAUAGGGUCCAGGUUAAAAAGUACCAGAGUUACCUUUUAAAUUAGCACACUGUCUGCGCAGAACACUAAUCCACUGGCAGAUAGUAAAGAGAGGAACACAUCAUAACAGACAAAACACAAAUAUGUGAACCAGUGCUUCAUGAUGUUUUUGUUUUGCCUUGGUCAUUUGUAUAAAGCAGUAUUGUAAUUAAGCAGUGUUAACAAGCAGAUGUGCUCCAAAUAUUAAUUGAAAUUCUUGAUCGCUUUCCUGGAUGCAGUUCAACAGAUUGAAAUCAUAAUGUUGAGGCUUUAUCGACUUUAUAGGCCUGAGAGGGAUAAUUCACUUCGGUACCGAGAUGGGUUUUGAGCGCCAAAUUAUUUGAAAUUUUAAUAUCCCAAAAAUCAAAGCAAAGGAGCUCUAUAAAACAGAAGCUCAUAAUGUUAAUUACUCCAUAUUCACUGUAUUGUGACUCCACUGACAUGUUUGGAAAGAUGAUACAACUGUGAAAUUGUUAGAAAUAAUAUUGCUUCGACAUAAGUAAAGGCCAGUUUGGAUCAUUUUUAUUUAUUUCUUUUCUUUUUACAGACAGAGACAAAAUGAGAUUUUACUGAAAUACAAGUGUAAUCAAAUGCCACACUGAGUUUCUUCCAGAUAUGUGAAGAUGAGCUGCUGGUGAAACAUUGCAAAGGUUUGCUGUAAUGUUUUGACCGCGCUCGGAUGAAAUGAAAGCAGUAUUAGUUGUGGGAUGAUGUCCCUAAUCAUCUGUAAUAUGAAGGAGUGUUUUUGCCAUGACUUCUUGUUUUUAACUAGUGCCAUUUGAAAAGGGUGGAGGUGUAAAAGUGGAUGCCUUCUGCAUGUAACCCUCACCUCAGCCAACACUCCAAGCCCCCCUUUUCAUUCAUGUCUACCCCCAUUUCUGUCGGGGGUCACUGAUGACAUACUCCUAGUGUGCUUCAUUUGCAAAGCAGUGAUGAACCACCAGACACCAAGACCCAUUUUACACAGCAAAGACCGAGUUAUGGUUGUAAAGAUCAAGCGCGCCCAUCCUUUGCUGGGUGCAGAAUGGAUGUAACAUAAACGUAACAUCAGCAUUUUUCUAACAAAUCUUGAUUUUUCAUGUUUUUCAUUUUAACUGUUUUGUUGACUUUUUGUUGUACUAACUACCAUCAGCCUAACCCGAUGAUAACGUGAGCCUUCAGUGAUCUGUGACACUUUUUUUUUUUUGCAUCAUGAAAUGUUUUGUUUUUGUUUUGUUUUUUUUAAAUUGUCAUUGCUGUAAAGUAUUUUCUAUAUGGUUUAUGCAUGGUGGAAUUAAAUUAUUAAAUAUGGCUCUCA